UCUCUCUCUCCCACACACACACGCUCGCUCUCUCUCUACCACACACACACACGCUCGCUCGCUCUCUCUCACACACACACACACGCCUGCUCGCUCGCUCUCUCCCACACACGCGUACGGAUUUCGCCUCUGGGUUGGGAGAGAGCUCCAAAACCUCGGGUUCGGCGCUGCGCAUCGGUCCGCUCCUCGUCCAACAAGGCACUGAGAUUCACAGCAGUGGAAAGAACACACCUCUGUCAAGCAGCGGGCCUUCCUCAGUGCUUCUCAAGACGUGCGUGGCCCGACGGCAGUUUUUACAGGAAAUUAGAGAAUCUUUAACGCUCAAGAUUGUGCGCCGACGGCAAAACUUAAUAUUGCUGCGACCGAAAAACGGUGCUGGAUUUUGCGACACGAAUCGAAACGAAGCCAAGCUGAGCCCUCCGCCUUGACCGCUCCUCGGCACAAGGCAGUACUGGGUGAAGAAUUGAAACUCAACAAACGACCGAGGACGGGAAAAAUAAACCCAACAACAACAACGACAACAACGCAAGACAAAAGUGCGCGGGCAUACACACGUCACGCGCCGCACCGCGUACGGAUACAUACCUUGCAUCAGGCGGGCGAAUCGAUAAAACAAAACAAAAAAGGAGACGAUGGUGAAACCUUGGUGCGCCGUGAGCCUGGCGCUGGUGGCCCUGCUGGGAGCGGCCACGCCGGCCACCUCGCAGUGCCCGUCGCGGUGCAUGUGCGAGGUGCGGCCCUGGUUCACGCCCAACUCCCUCUACCAGGAGGCGGCCACCGUCGACUGCAACGACCUGCGGCUCCGCGAGGUGCCGCGGAACCUGUCGGAGGGCGCGCAGGUGCUGCUGCUGCAGAGCAACGGCAUCGCCGAGAUGGGCGCCGAGCUGGCCGCCCUGGGCAACCUCACCGAGCUCGACCUCUCGCAAAACAACCUGACGCACGCCGGGAGCUCCUCGUUCGCCGGCCUCGGCCAGCUGGUGAUCCUGCACCUCGAGGAGAACGUCAUCGGCGAGCUGGCCGAGGGCGAGCUCCGCGACCUCGGCGGGCUGCAGGAGCUCUACGUGAACCACAACCAGAUCGAGAGCAUCCACCCGGGCGCCUUCCUCGGCCUCCGGAGCCUCAUCCGCCUGCACCUCAACUCCAAUCGGCUGCGGGCCAUCGACAGCCGCUGGUUCGAGUUCACGCCCAACCUGGAGAUCCUCAUGGUGGGCGCCAACCCGGUGCGGCAGGUGGAGGACAUGAACUUCAUGCCGCUCUCCAAACUGCGGAGCCUCGUGCUCGCGGGCAUGGGGCUCCGCGCCGUUCCCGAGAACGCGCUCAUGGGACUCGACAACCUGGAGAGCCUCUCGUUCUACGACAACAAGCUCGCCGCCGUGCCGCGCCUCGCUCUGCGCAAGGUGCCCAGCCUCAAGUUCCUCGACCUCAACAAGAACCCCAUCGCGGUGAUCCGCGAGGGCGACUUCCGCAGCAUGCUGCAGCUCAAGGAGCUGGGCGUCAACAACAUGAUGGAGCUGGUGGCCAUCGACCGGCACGCACUCGACGACCUGCCCCAGCUCACCAAGCUGGAGGUGACCAACAACCCGCGGCUGUCGUUCGUGCACCCCGACUCGGUGCGCGCGAUCCCGCGCCUCGAGACGCUCAUGCUCAACAACAACGACCUGAGCGCGCUGCACCGGCGCACGGUCGACGCGCUGCCUAACCUGCGCGAGAUCAACCUGCACGGCAACCCCAUCCGCUGCGACUGCAUCGUGCGCUGGAUGACGGGCAACGCGACGCGCGUGCGCUUCAUGGAGCCGCAGUCCACGCGCUGCGUCUCGCCGGCCGAGCACGAGGGCAGCCCCGUGCGCUCGGUGCCCUCCUCCGACGUUGCCGACGGCUGCCUGCCGGCCAUCGCGCACGGGGCCUUCCCGUCCACGGCGAUCGCCAACCCGGGGGCGACGCUCACCUUCGUGUGCCGCGCCGUCGCCGAGCCGCCCGCCGACAUCCACUGGGUGACGCCGUCGGGCGAUGGCGUGGCGCCGGGCGGCGCGUCCGACAAGUACCGGCUGAGCGAGGAGGGCACGCUGGAGAUCGUCGACGUGCGCUACGAGGACACGGGGCUGUACACCUGCGUGGCGCGCAACUCGGAGGGCCUCGACUCCCGGGCCGUGACCGUGCGGGUCAAUGGCUCCGUGCCACACGUGCCGGGCCGCCUGCUGUCACUCGACGUGAUGAACGUGGCGGCGCGCUCCGUCCUCGUCUCGUGGCGGCUGCGCCCAGGCGGCCGCGCCCCGGACCUCCGCUGGACGUCGGCGACGGUGCGCAUCGACAGCCCGCGCGUCGCCUUCACGGCGCGCGUGCCCGUGAGCGUGCACGAGUACAACCUGACGCGCCUGCAGCCGCGCACCGAGUACGAGGUGUGCCUGGCCGUGUCGGCGGCCCCGCGCGGCUCCGGCCGAGCCGAGCGCUCCUGCGUCAACGUGACGACGCGCGCCGAGCGGCCCGGCGCGCCGACGGGAGAGGAGGGCUACGGCGGAGGCGACGCCGUCGGACGGGGGACGGGCGCGGCGGCGCUGGCGGUGGCGCUGGGAUCGGCGCUCGGCCUCGCCGCGCUGCUGGCGCUGCUCGCCUGCUCGGCGCUGCGAGGCCGUCGCCAGCGCUGCCACCUGCCGAGCCAUCACCAGCAGCAGCAGCAGCAGCAGCGGCCGCGGUGGCACCAGCGUCGGCGAUGCCAGCGCUACUGCGAGCGCCCGCUGAGAAAGCUCUCCGCGGGAAGCUGCUCCUCGCUGCAGGAGCUACAGCCGCCGCCGCCGUUGUGGGAGGAGGAGGGCGGCGCGGAGGGGUGGCCGGUCCCCGGGAGAAGCGGUGGUGGUGGUGGUGGAAGCUGCGGUGGUGGUGGUGGGUUUUUUCCGGUAGAUACCAGCAAGAGUUACAAUGCUCUCCAGCCACACUGAAGCGAACUGCGCUACAGGCAUGGCCUUGUCAAUAAGCCCGUCUGUCAGUUAUCUUACAAUGAAAGUUUGUUUGCUCAGUUGGUGAUUUACUUACAUCUUGUUUCUUUGUUAUUUAUUGCUAUUUCACUUCAUUUUAUACUUUUUUGUUUUACUUUGAGAACGCCGUGUAAGUUUAAGCACAUUCGAGCGGUAUGCGUUCCGAGCGCCCGAGGCCGUUUUGCCGUGAGAACUGAAGCGACAUUUAUUUUUCUAAAAUGACAAAAAAGGACGAUUUUUUUGGGCUCACACGCUUACAACGACGCAAGGAGGCUAGAACGACCGGAAGAAGCAGAAGAAGAAGAAUAAGAAGUGCACCCUGGUGGACAAGCGGCGCUUGGCUACUCACAGAGGGGGACUUUUUUUGUCCGUCGCAAUUUGUGGGAAUUAAAAACAAAAAGUGCGUGGAGGGAGGGAAAAUAAGCGAAAUUUUCACUCGAUAAUUUACGAAACAAAACAGUUGGUGUUGCGACACAACGUGUCUGGCCAGUCUAUGGAUUUUCGCGCGAGCUUUUUUUUUAUAGAUGAGAAAAAAAUUGUAAAAAAAAUAUCUUCAACGGAACGUCCUUUUUGAAAUUCGCCCAAAGUUGUACAUCCGACCACCCCGAUCGUACGAGUGAGCGUUCACUUUACGCGUUGCGUUCGAAGAUUUUCGGGAAACACAACCGAACGGCAUCAAUGGGAAUAACUAAAACAUGAACACGAUCUUGUCCGAUGUUUAUAGCUGCUCAACGUAACGAUAACUGUGUUUUCUGCUUUCAAGCUCCAUACGUGUUCAUUUCUAAAUGCCUAAACGGUUCCAAUCGUUGUAUCGUUUGCAAAUCCUCGUUUAUUUAAAUGUCACCACCAAUGUGUUUAUCAUAUUCUAAAAAUGGCUCAUCUUCUCGGUGGUGUUUUAUAGCACUGUUAAUCUGGGUAGCCUACGCGUGUUUGGAUUACUUCCGUGCCGUCUCGUGGCUAAUGUGUGCUUACGACAAGAUAUGACAUUCUAUUUGCAGUCUAUAUAUAUAUUUCGAAAGCCAACAGUACAGUUUCUCGUUUAAGGGGAUCCCAUUGCGUUUAGUCGUGUAACGUUGUGUCGAAAAGAGUCAAUGUCUCCCUGUUCAAACCAGCAAUGGGGUGGCACUCAUCCUAAUCAGCAAGCACGAGGAGUGGUGGACAUUCCACAUCACCUCAGCUGGGAUCAGUCCCUCCGUAGGACAAGUGCUGUUAGCAAACCUCUAUUUAGGCCAACAAGGCACACGAAGGGGUGGGCGACCACCAUGCCAUCUUUGUAUUCCCAAAUGCUGAUAUUUUGACAACGUACCAUAUAUUAAUUUUAAGGCUGAGUCGACUUAGGCGACGCCCAAGACCGGUUCAGAUAAUCGUAACCCGACAUUGGCCGUGAGAAGGAAUCUAACUCAGGUCGCGAACCACUACACUACCGCUCCCCGUGUGCCACUCCACACACACACACUCAACCUUGCCACAAAUUGUGAAAUGUCCAAUUAUUUCAGUAUUCGCUCAUGUCAAGUGUAAGUGCAGACAAUUCUUGAAGGUUAUUUACACAAAUGAGGCAUGCUCAGACCACGCUUUAGCAGGGAUGGAGGUUGGAAUUUGAUUGUCGGGUAUUUUUGCGUGCACUUACGAGAAAUAAAUGAAAAAAAAAAUCUUUAGCAAAAAAAAAAAUUCCUAAUCUAACUGCUUAAGAAAAACGCAGGAGAAAUCCGUAAAGCAAAUUCAAUCUAUAAACAUUUCUUUUUAUUUUACCAGGUAAGGCCCGAGUGAGCUAUACAGCUCUUUUUCAGAAGUGACCUGACCACGAUUGAUAGCUCAACGAAGCGGCUCAUGGUGUGGAAAUCUAUAGCAGCCAAAUACUCUAAAUGCAUGUUUCUAAAUGUGGAGGGAAACAUUGGAGGAACAUUCACGUGACCAUGGGGAUAACACGCAAACUUCAAAUAUACAAAAAAAAGGGUUCGCGAUUGAACCCACGACCUCCUGUGUACCAAGCAAGGUAGUUAACAUCUCGCCACCACGGCACCCAACCAGCAGCCGUGUGAAUGAUGCUUAUACGCAGCCUGCCCUGCGCAAGCAUUACACUGCCCACGAGGGCAGGUGGCUCUAAAGUCGUCGUAGAGGCCUGAUCGUCAAGACGAAACAUUGAUAGGCAGUGAGUGGUUGUCUCAGUUGGAGUUUGUGUAAACGCAGCAACACAAAAUGCUAUCGUUGGUCCUUCUCGAUCAAUAUUUGCCACGAGCAGAUACUGUGUUUAAACGAGACGACGCUAUCGACUGGUUUUGAGUUCACCGAGUGUCUUCAGCUCGUUCUGGCCUCAAAAUCAAUGCCAUCGCUUGGGUGCAUGCAAAGUGUGCAUCCACUGUUGGCUUUCAUGGGCGUCUGGACACUGGCAAUGUUGUUUAAAUGUGUCUAAGAGACACCCACAACAUAUACGACAAGGUUGAUCAUAUAUCUGAGUCAACGUGCUGAUUAGGGGACUUUUGAGUACACGGUAAAGGCACUCACAGCCGGCCGAGUUAGUGAGUCAGUGGCCCGUAGCUGUGUAAGUUGAGUAUCAGUAUCGUGAAGUCAAACUCCUCUCGUCUGUGAUAAAGUGGAGGUUGGGCUGUUCGGAUCGUAUCUGUGAUCUACUCAAUAACCGCUAGUGGGGACAGUCCUCGGGACCCACCACCACGCUGUGCCACGUCUUUCUGCGUUUGCCAACGUACUCCUUCCCGAUCCAAACUCGUUCCGCGCUGCGCGCCCCCGACGAUUGUUAAACGUGUCCCACAUGUCUCAAGGAGCGGCUACGAUAUGCGAGGGGGCCUUGGGCCUUAUUCACUUCUGGGUUGAUCGGGCCCUGACAGUGAAGGCAAAAUGUUGAGUCGCAGCAAAGAAAAAAAACUAAAAAAGAGCAAAACAAUUGCAGGCUCUGCACCAGAAUACGUCUCACCUUUUUCAUGAAAUGAAAAUUCAGCGGUUUAAACUAAACUAUAAAAAACAGUGGUGUUUUCAAAUCGCCGAAAUAAAAUGAGAUCUCAAACGACACGCGUGGCGACUACUCCGAUGCGAUGUUGGCUAAACGUCAACGAUGUUUCUCCGGCUCGAAGUUGUGCCAAUCAGCGGAGUUCCAUCUUCGGGUUUCGCUCUUGUUGCAGGUGGCACCUCCGAAUGGCAUGGUCGGCUACGUACAACGUUCAACAAACAUACCGUACAUGCAUGCAUACAUGCACGUGCAGCUGGCGAAUUCAUUCGACGUGCACACCAUGAAGGUGGAUGCAGUGGAGUAACGAGCGUGGGGCAGGCAUGGGGGGUGUCUUGCCCACCCCGUGGUGGCCAAAGAUACGAGUUGGACCCCCCUUGACAACCACCAUGAGAUGUUUUCAACAACAGUGCAAAAGAACAACGCGCUUAUUUAAAACUCGGUUUAAAUGUAUGUCAUGGAAAUGCUUUCAUGAACGUUCCGCGUUUAAUUUUAAUUGAAUUAGAGCAGGAAUGUGAUAUUGCAAAGAAGUACUACGGAGCUGAUGUGGUUGCAUCUUGCAAAGAUGGAGCAGCCCCUACGGCGUUAAUUGUUCGAGACCGUGAGCGUAACGAUGUUGUGAUCAGGCAAGAUGAUCCGCGAUAUAUAAUAGCCGAGAUGCGACCGUGCGAGACGAAUCAAAUAUUGGGGUCCCCACCUGAUCAAUUGCCGCACCUCAUGAGCUAAUACUGUAGUUACUACGCCACUGGGUUUAAGCAGGGCCGGAUUAAGGCAUGGACUUUAGGAGCUGCAGCCCAGAGGCUUCUGCCAGCUGGAGUGCUGAAUUGUAUUUGUUGUUAGCCUUGUAAAAAUUACAUUAGAUUUUUUUCAUAACUUUGUUUUCCUUUUGAAAAUAUUACUGGGGGUCUCACAGUACCUGUAGCCCAGGGGCCUACAAAACCUUAAUCCGACACUGGGUAGAUGCAAUGGUUUCAUACACCCAAGUGGGUGAUGCCGAGAUGACACCUGCCACCAGACCGGUACUCGCAGCAGCAACAGGAAAACGCGAUACAGAGCCCACUCUCGAUCUCGACUGGGAGUCGGGAGUGGCACAUCCCUGCUCGACAAUUGUGACCUUAUGGAGGGACCCCGGUGUCACGAAUAAACGGAAGUCAAAAUCGUAAUUAAUGUAUUUCUUUUUUGGCGACUCCGUCCCACCGCGACCCACCAGCAAUCAAUCUUCUCGUUCUUCACCAAGCAACCGUCGUUGCCAAAAUUGCCGUAGUCAUCAACAAAACGUAAUUAGCGCAUUGUGUAGAGCUCGUCCAGAGGAAUCGAUUGUCGUAUCGUUCGCCUUCAACAGACAUAAAAUUACGUUGCAAGGCAGUUUAUGUGAGAGCCGGGGACUUAUGGGGCCCCGGGGUUCCGUCAUUAGGUUCAUUUGUGACCGUUUAACAUGCGGCAAGAAGACGAAUGCAUCCUGUAGAGACGUGAACCGACUGUUGGUGGCGAUUGCUGUAAGCCAGCGGUCGGGAACCUAUGGCUCGCGAGCCAUAUAUGGCUCUUCCGGUGACGGAAUAUGGC